CAUAGUUUCCUCGUGCCUAACCCUCGUGAUCUCUGCUAUUCUAAACGCAAGUUGUUUUUCGUACUCUCCCUUUUCUAAGCAACUCAAACAGUACUGAACACGAAACGGACGACACAAUAAUCUCUCUCCAAAGAAUCCCCAAGAUGCCAGUUGAUUCUUCAUCAGUUUCCGGCCAAACCAUAUGCGUCACCGGUGCCGGCGGGUUUAUUGCCUCGUGGAUCGUAAAGCUUCUUCUUGACAGAGGCUACACCGUCAAAGGGACUGUGAGAAAUCCAGACGACCCAAAGAAUGCUCAUCUGAAAGAGCUGGAAGGAGCGAAGGAGAGGCUAACUCUAUGGAAAGCUGAUCUUCUUGAUUAUGACAGCCUUAAGGCAGCCAUUAAUGGUUGCGAUGGAGUUUUUCACACCGCUUCACCAGUGACGGACGAUCCCGAACAAAUGGUGAAGCCGGCUGUGGAUGGAACGAAGAACGUAAUUAUUGCAGCGGCAGAGGCCAAAGUUCGGCGAGUGGUGUUCACAUCAUCAAUCGGUGCGGUAUACAUGGACCCGAGUAGGGGUCCAGAUGUUGUGGUUGAUGAGUCUUGUUGGAGUGACCUCGACUUUUGCAAGAAUACCAAGAAUUGGUACUGCUAUGGAAAGGCUGUUGCUGAGCAGGCGGCGUGGGAGGUUUCCAAAGAGAAAGGGGUCGAUCUAGUAGUGGUGAACCCAGUCCUGGUGCUUGGACCAUUGUUGCAACCCUCUGUGAAUGCCAGCAUCGUUCAUAUCCUCAAAUACCUAACUGGCUCUGCUAAAACAUAUGCAAAUUCCGUUCAAGCUUAUGUCCAUGUCAGGGACGUGGCACUCGCCCAUAUCCUCGUUUUCGAGGCCCCCUCUGCGUCAGGCCGCUAUCUUUGUGCCGAGAGCGUGCUUCACCGUGGAGACGUGGUCGACAUUCUUGCCAAAUUCUUCCCGGAGUACCCGAUUCCAACCAAGUGCUCGGAUGAAAAGAACCCGAGAGCAAAACCCUACAAGUUCUCGAACCAGAAGCUGAGGGACUUAGGCUUGGAGUUUACGCCGGUGAAGCAAUGCCUUUACGAGUCCGUCAAGAGCUUGCAGGAGAAGGGUGUCCUUUCAGUCCCCACACGGCAAGAAGAUUCAGUUCGAAUUCAGUCUUCUUGAUUAUCUUUUCUUUUGGGUGUUACUUUCGUCGAAAUAUGAAGCGUUGGGAUAUAUAUAUAUAUUGAAGACUGUAUAAUAUUUAUUUUGAUGCUGAUUGACAAUUUGGGUUAAAAACAUAUAUGCCUGUUUAAAGAAAUCAUAUAUCUAGAUGAUGGUGGUUUUUGUA